CGCCGCCUUGGCAGGUGCUGGGCAGCUCCCGCCCUCUGGCCUGAAGGAAGUCGAGGCUCCUCGAGAGGCGUUUCUGGGAAGGGCCCUGCCGCGGCAACGAGAGGACGCGGGGGAAACCGAGCCGGCCGCCGGCCAUGUAAACAAGCACAGCCCUCGCUGCGGGGCUCAGGCAGGCAGGCAACCUGUGUGCGGCGGAAGGCAGGCGGGCUCGCUCUCCCCUCAUCUUCCUGUGGUAUGGAGUUGGUGAGCGGUGAGCAACCUGUUGUUAUGAGAGACGACAACAAGCGAAGAAGGAGAAGGAUGAAGCCACACUGUACAGCAAGCAACUUGUCUUCAACUGAAUUGAUAUCCAUUGAGUUCAUUCUACCUACAAGCAACAUGCUAAUAGAUAUAGCCUGCAACUGUACAGUAGAGCAGAUGAAAGCACAGGUUUGGAUGCGAGCAAUAGAGAGGAACCAGACCUCGGAUUUCUACCAUAAAUUCACUCCAGAUCAAUUUGUUCUUCAGUACCAAAAGAAGGGACAGUGGUAUGAAAUUUAUGACAAACAUCAAAUAAUACAGACACUUGACUGUAUAUUGUAUUGGAAAGUGCUACAGAAGAAAGUGGGCAAAAUUCAUGUGAUCCAAAAGCAGAAGCCCACAGAGGACGUUCAGAAGUUUCAAAAGCAACUCAAUUAUUUAAUUGGCUAUGAUGUUACUGAUGUCAGUAAUGUGCAUGAUGAUGAGCUGGAAUUUGCUCGACGCAGGUUAGUCACUCCACGGACAAUUGAAGUAACUUGCAGAGAUCCAAAAUUGUAUUCGAUGCACCCUUGGAUUACAUCCAAACCACUUCCAGACUACUUGCUUAGUAAAAUUGUCAAUAAUAAUAUUUUUAUAAAUAUACACAGAGGAACGACUAGCCAAAAGAUUAAAGUACCUAUCGAUGACAGUCCAGAUCUCAUCCUUCAGAGUUUUUUCACCAAAAUGGCAAAGAAGAAAUCUUUGAUGAAUAUUCCUGAAGAUUACAGUGAGCUGAACUUUGUUCUGAGGGUGAGUGGCAGGGAUGAGUAUAUUGUAGGAGAUACACCUCUCCAAAACUUCCACUGGAUAAGGCAGUGCCUCAAGAAUGAGGAUGAAAUUCACCUCGUCCUGGAUGAUCCACCUGACCCAAACCAGGAUGAGGUGCAAAAAGAGGAGUGGCCCUUAGUGGACGACUGCACUGGAGUCUCAGGAUACCACGAACAGCUGACAAUAGAUGGCAAGGAUCACGAGAGAGUAUUCACUAUAUCAUUAUGGGAUUGCAACAGGAAAUUCAGGGUCAAGAUAAUUGGCAUUGAUAUCCCUGUGCUUCCAAGAAACACAGACCUUACUGUAUUUGUCGAGGCUAAUAUUCAACAUGGGCAGCAGCUCCUUUCACAGAAAAGAACUACAGCUAAACCAUUUACUGAAGAAGUCCUGUGGAAUACUUGGCUUGAGUUUGAUAUCAAGAUUAAAGACUUGCCCAAAGGGGCACUUCUGACGCUGCAGGUAUAUUGUGGCAAAGCACCAGCUUUGUCAGCAAAGACUAACCUCCAUAUGCAUGAUUCCCCAAGUUCUGACGCUAAAUGCAAAACCCAGCUUCUCUAUUAUGUAAACAUUUUGUUGAUAGACCACCGGUCCCUGCUCCGGACUGGUGACUACGUGCUUCAUAUGUGGAAAUUUCCAGGCAAAGGGGAAGAGCAGGGAAGUAUAAAUGCUGAUAAGCUUACUUCAGCCACAAAUCCAGAUAAAGACAAUUCCAUGGCUGUCUCCAUUGUUCUGGACAAAUACUGCCACCCCAUAGCCUUGCCCAAACACAAGAUAGCAUCUGAUCCACAAGUGGACAGGGCCAGAGCUGAAAUGCCCAACCAACUGCGCAAACAGCUUGAAGAGAUCAUAGCCACCGACCUGCUUAAUCCACUUACCCCUGAAGACAAAGAGUUACUGUGGCAUUUCCGAUAUGAAAGUAUAAAGCACCCAAAGGCAUACCCUAAGCUGCUUAGCUCUGUGAAAUGGGGACAGCAAGAAAUAGUAGCUGAAACAUACCAAUUAUUAUCCAAGAGAGAUGCUUGGGACCAAAGCACCUUGGAUGUUGGAUUGACAAUGCAACUUCUAGACUGCAACUUUUCCGAUGAAAACGUGAGAGCGAUGGCGGUGCAAAAACUGGAGGGUUUAGAAGAUGACGAUGUUCUUCAUUAUCUCUUGCAGCUAGUUCAGGCUGUGAAAUUUGAGCCUUAUCAUGACAGUGCAUUAGCCCGAUUUCUUCUAAAACGUGGCUUAAGGAACAAAAGAAUAGGACACUUUUUGUUUUGGUUUUUGAGAAGCGAGAUUGCACAAUCCAUGCACUAUCAGCAAAGGUUUGCUGUGAUCCUGGAAGCUUAUCUGAGAGGCUGUGGGAAAGCCAUGCUGCAAGACUUUAUGAAGCAGGUUCAAGUAACUGAGCUGCUGCAUAAAGUGACAAUGGACAUGAAGUCAAUUUCUGCGGAAAAGCACGAUGUCACACCUCAAGUAAUUGCACAGCUCAAACAGAAACUUGAGAAACUACAGGACAGCAAGUUUCCAGAAUGCUUUAGAGUUCCAUAUGACCCUGGUCUGAAAGCAGGAGCACUUGUGAUAGAAAAGUGUAAAGUAAUGGCAUCCAAGAAAAAACCGCUUUGGCUAGAGUUCAAAUGUGCAGAUCCCACGUCCUUAUCCAAUGAAACGAUUGGCAUCAUCUUCAAACAUGGAGAUGACCUGCGACAGGACAUGCUUAUUUUACAGAUACUUCGAAUCAUGGAGUCCAUCUGGGAGGAAGAAUCCUUGGAUUUAUGUUUGUUGCCAUAUGGGUGCAUUUCUACAGGAAAUAAAAUAGGAAUGAUUGAAAUUGUAAAGGAUGCUACAACGAUUGCCAAAAUCCAGCAGAGCACAGUUGGAAACACAGGAGCCUUUAAGGAUGAAAUAUUAAACCAGUGGCUAAAGGAUAAAUGUGUAAUUGAAGAAAAAUUUCAGGCAGCCGUGGAUAGAUUUGUGUACUCUUGUGCUGGUUACUGCGUGGCAACCUUUGUCCUUGGAAUAGGAGACAGGCACAAUGACAAUAUUAUGAUCACAGAGUCAGGCAAUCUCUUUCAUAUUGACUUCGGCCAUAUUCUUGGAAAUUACAAGAGCUUCCUUGGAAUUAAUAAGGAAAGAGUUCCUUUCGUAUUAACACCGGAUUUUCUGUUUGUCAUGGGGACCACUGGAAAGAAAACGAGUCCACGCUUUCAAAAUUUUCAGGAUAUCUGUGUGAGGGCUUACCUUGCUCUUCGGCAUCACACAAACCUUCUCAUCAUCCUGUUUUCCAUGAUGCUUAUGACUGGAAUGCCUCAGCUGACUAGCAAAGAAGAUAUUGAAUAUAUCCGCGAUGCACUGACGGUUGGCAAAAACGAAGAAGAUGCUAAGAAGUAUUUCCUAGAUCAGAUCGAAAUUUGUAGGGAUAAAGGGUGGACUGUGCAGUUCAAUUGGUUUCUGCAUCUUGUGCUUGGAAUCAAACAAGGAGUGGAGAAACAUUCUGCCUAAUGGUGAAUGGAUGCACAAAUAACUGGAAAGUAACCUGCUGUUACAAUCGGUUCUUAGACUUUUAGGCCACCCCAGUUCCAGGGACUUUCCCCUGCCAAAAAUCCAACUCUCAUUAAAAAAAGAACUUUUGUUGAGGUGUUGAUGCUGCACUGUGGGUGAUUUAACAUACACAAAAGCCUUGUUGAAAUGGCCUUCAUUCUCCCCCCUUGUUUGCCACAGGUGUUUAAUAACCUAUUGUUAGAAUUUAGAUGGCACCACUGCUUUGCUGAUUGUUUUGUGUAGCUCCUGCGACAGGAUAGAAAGACCUUCUGAAAAUACUGGACCAUAUGCAGAAUAAUUUUUAAAGUAAUUUCCCCCCUCUUUCUCUUUAAGCCAUUUAAUUCUUAAGUAAACUGUAAUUUACAAAUAUUUUCUCUGAGUGAGAUCAAAUGUAGUGUGAGCAGGUGUCCACUUGUGAACUUGGGGAUUCCUUCCUCCUCUCCCACCUGAAACCCCCCAAGCCUCCUCUAGAGGUUGGAGGAUCUUCCAGAUAAGAUUUGGAGAGAUGGAGGUGGGCAAAGAGAAGCUGGAAGUCUUGCUGUGCAAGCAGAUUUCCGUUGUGCAAGCAGG